AAAAAAUGGAUGAGCCAUCUUACGAAAAACUAUCUAUUAGAGAAUCUGCCAGAUCUCUUAAAAAAUACGGUAGCACUAGUAGUAAAUAUGCUACGAAAAGUGAAAACUAUAUAAAACAUUAUAUAAGUAAUACUGAUACUCUGCAGGGUAUUGCACUGAAGUACGAUGUUUCUAUUGAACAAAUACGUAGAGCUAACAGGCUUUGGACCUCUGAUAGUUUAUUUCUUAAAGAAUUUCUUUUAAUACCUGUACCCUUGGAUAUUUCUAUGAGUGCUGCUUCUGCUUCUACAAGUUCAACACCUGUAUCAAGUCCUAUGCAAUCACAACCAAGUUAUGAGGAUGAUGAUAGUAUAGACAAUUUUUUAGGAAAAAUUGACGCCUCUAUAGCUACUACUAAAGAGGAAGUGAAAAAAACACAGAGUAAUAGUGAGUUUGCAUCAGAUUUUUCAUCAGAUAUAGAUAGAAGAAAACCGGUUGUAUCUCGAAUGAAGCAAAUGGUAAAUAAUAAUGGAAUUGGUGAUUUAUUGCCUCCACCACCUCAAACUGUAGUAAUUGCCCAAGGAAAACAAGUGAAGACAUCUAUCAGGCGCACCGAACAAAAAACAGAUGAAUUUUUCGAAUUGUAGUUGCAAAUCGUACUUUAUAUAUGUGAUAUUCUUUGUUCGUUGUUUUUCAACUUUGAUGAUUAGCUUUUAGUUGAGUCUAUAAAAUAUAUAUAUAUUUUGGAAUAAGAAAUAUUCUCUUAUCAUUCAAAAGAUUGUUUUCUCAUUUUCAUUUUUAUUAUUACAUUGUAAAUAUUAUACAUAUAUCAGAGUGUAUAUUAAAAUCAUGUUAUUUCUA